CCAUGGGAGGGAUCAGAGGAACUAUUCACACAUCCAAUGGUCACUCUACAUCUUCAGGCGGUCCCCGCUUCCACUCCCAAUGAUUCAGGUUCUUCCACAGAACAAGAAACAUCAAUCGGAGAAGCCCCCCCAAUGGACAUGACCGAUCCAGAGGAUGAAAAUGCCGCAGACGAUCCAGAUUUAACUCAGAUAGAGGAGUUCCCGGAGGUGACAGGACAGGGUGCAGAGGAUCCGCAAGGAGAUCUGAACAAUCCACCAGCAGUGGAACAACCGCAGGUCCCCACGGCACAACUGUCUCCUGCUACACGCUUAGAAAAGGCGCGCACCAGAACCAGGCGCGUCUCUGUCCUCACCAACGUUGCAGAGAGAAUGCUAUCUCAGGCACAGAGGGAGGAACAAAACAACAGAAAGGAACGUGGAGAAAUUCUGGAGGCAACCAGCCAUUGGCGUGCAGCCAUGGAAUCAGAGACAAGAUGGCACGAGGACAUUAUCAGGGAGGCAAGAGAGGAUCGUAGGGCUUUUAUUGAGGCACAGUCACAAAAUAUGGAGGGGCUUAAUAGGGCUGUCGGUGCCCUCAGCUCCUUGACUGAACUCUUUGUCAGGGAGCAAAGAGCAGGCCCGGUUGCAGAAACUUCCCAAAAUGCCAACAGCAAAACACGCGAUAACGAUCAUGAGAAGGCACCACUAAGAAAAAGGGCUCGGAUCAUUAAAAAGAGAGAAAGAUAUGAUCCAUCCCUCUGAGCCCCACAUGUUUUUCCGGUGCAGCAUUUGGGUUGGAAUCUGCAUAUCACACGUAUCAUUGCUGUUGAAAUUAUGUUUGUCACAGCUGUAAUUGUGUUUUUCGAUGUUGGCGAGGGGUUGACAAUGGCCAUUGAAAAAAAUUGGUUUUUGUUUCCCACCGCAAUCCAGGUGCGGUUUGCCAGAUCUAUUUUUUGACCACGGUUGUUUGAAAUGUUGACCCAUGGGAGAAACUACACAGUUUUAAAUUUGUUUUUUAUUCUUUUCAAAACUUGAAAGAUUACAUGUGAGGCAUCAUAUGGACACUUAACUAACAUGCAUGUUAAAUAAAUCUUUUCUACAUCUCCUUAAACCUUGACAGCACAUUAUCAAUGUCGGACCUCAAUUUCUUGUUCUCCUCAUUCAAAUUCCUCACAUUGUUUUCUAGCUUCUUCACCAAGGCCUGCAGGCUGUCCAUCCUUCUGUUGGUUUUCUUUGCUGUGGAAACAAAAGGUGUAAGCGCAGAGUGGCCACUUCUGUGUUCACAAACGUAGUAAGUCAUUGAUGGUUACUUACCGCAGCUGAGGCAUGUUCCCACUGCCUUGUGAACAGUCUCCAGUAUCUCAAGGGGCUGUUCCCUUGCCAAAGAUGAAGAAGGCACAUUUACAGUGUGUAGUGGACACCGCGCUUGAAUGCAUUCCUCACAGGGGUCACCUGAAAAGGGGGUUUGGAGAACUUGAUUUAAUUUUGUUCAUUGUCAUUACAGAGCACGUGUUUAACAUGUGGCAGAAUGACGGUGUAGUUAGUUCCAUUUGUGUACCUGAAUGCUCAGUCAGCUGUUCUGGUGGAAUCACUGCUUGCUGAGGUGUGACUUCUUCAUUGAACUCGGAGCAGUUUCCCUCUUCUUGCUUCACUGCCUCAGAACUGGGUUGCAAGGCCAUUUCAUCCAUUGGCACGGUCACCUCUGAGCCUGUUUCCUCCGUGGGCUCCUCCUCCCCCUCAUGUCUGUAUGAUGUUGCUGGAGAAACACAUGAAGAGAAUUAAAACAUCAGUAAGAGCAGUAUUGAUGAAAUGUUAUGAACAAGGAAUUCUGACUAAUUCAAAAAAUGGGGCAAGGGAAUGUUGAAAUGCUGAUCACCCUAGGCAACCGAUGCUGUAUCAUGUGUAGGGAUUUAGGGAAUGCCGUUUAGAUUAGAAGGCCGGUUUGGGAUCUUGGGCAGGGAGGGGGGGGAAUACCCAUGGAGGAAUGAUAAGGGCUGAGGUGUGUGGAAUGCUGUUUUUACUUACCGCACAGUAGCCAAGUCAUCUUUAAGAGAACACAUUAAAAAUAUGUGCCGACAUAAACCAUAAACCUUUCCCAAAGAACAGAAACAAAACAACUUUUAAACAUGGUGGGAUAGUCUUCAAGGACAGGGCACAGUCCCAGUGCCGUUCAGUGCCACGUGUUCCUGUGUUCCAUGUGCUGAUCCCAACACAGCAUGCCUGUUCUGGGGUUUUUCCUUGAAAACUUCCAUCCAACAUUCCUCUCAUUCAGGAAAUUGGUGCCUUGUACCAACAUACAUUUCCAUCUUA